AUGGCCACACUCUCUCUAUCAAGGCACUCUAGUCCGCCGGUACGGCCCGCAGGCAAUACUGUACUCCCCGAAUAUAUUGUACCAUCCCACAAAACGACGACACUAACCUGCCCUACCAACGACAAAAAGCUCCGCCGCCGGCAACAGACCACCGCUGUCGCCGGGUCUCCGCUCAACACAAAUCAUUCUUUUUUCACAGCUCUACACCUGCCUGGUCAACUGCGAGAUACCCGUACUGACAACGACCGACGCAUCGACCACGCGGCCAACCGAUUGAUGUUCAUCACCCGAUCCUAA